AUGCCCCAUCCACACUGUGCUCCACCCAUCCAGUGCUCCACCCAUCCAGUGCUCCACCCAUCCAGUGCUCCACCCAUCCAGUGCUCCACCCAUCCAGUGCUCCACCCAUCCAGUGCUCCACCCAUCCAGUGCUCCACCCAUCCAGUGCUCCCCCCAUCCAGUGAUCCACCCAUCCAGUGCUCCACCCAUCCAGUGCUCCACCCAUCCAGUGCUCCACCCUUCCAGUGCUCCACCCAUCCAGUGCUCCACCCAUCUAGUGCUCCACCCAGCCAGUGCUCCACCCAUCCAGUGCUCCACCCAUCCAGUGCUCCCCCAAUCCAGUGCUCCACCCAUCCAGUGCUCCACCCAUCCAGUGCUCCACCCAUCCAGUGCUCCACCCAUCCAGUGCUCCACCCAUCCAGUGCUCCACCCAUCCAGUGCUCCCCCCAUCCAGUGCUCCACCCAUCCAGUGCUCCACCCAUCCAGUGCUCCACCCAUCCAGUGCUCCACCCAGCCAGUGCUCCACCCAUCCAGUGCUCCACCCAUCCAGUGCUCCACCCAUCCAGUGCUCCACCCAUCCAGUGCUCCACUAACACUGUGGUCACCCAUUCACUCAGCCAGUAA